AUGGAAGAGGAAGAGGAGGCUAUAGGCUUUUUGGACAAGGUUCUGGAGGAUGAAGAUGUGUUUCUCCUGGAGGAGUGCGAGCUGGGAACCCCGACCAGCCCCGGCUCAGGGUCCCCCUUCUUGGUGGCCGUGAAGGUGGAAGCAGGGAAAGGCCUGGAGAUGAGGAAGCUGGUUCUCUCGGGGUUCCUGGCCAGCGAAGAGAUCUACAUUAACCAGCUGGAAGCCUUGUUGCUGCCCAUGAAACCCCUGAAGGCCACAGCUACCACCUCCCAGCCCGUGCUCACCAUCCAACAGAUUGAGACAAUCUUCUACAAGAUCCAGGACAUCUACGAGAUCCACAAGGAGUUCUAUGACAACCUCUGCCCCAAGGUGCAGCAGUGGGACAGCCAGGUCACCAUGGGCCACCUCUUCCAGAAGCUGGCCAGCCAGCUUGGCGUGUACAAAGCGUUUGUGGAUAACUAUAAAGUCGCUCUGGAGACCGCUGAGAAGUGCAGCCAGUCCAACAAUCAAUUCCAGAAGAUCUCGGAGGAACUCAAAGUGAAAGGUCCCAAGGACUCCAAGGACAGCCACACAUCAGUCACUAUGGAAGCUCUGCUCUACAAGCCCAUUGACCGAGUCACCAGGAGCACCCUGGUCCUACAUGACCUGCUGAAGCACACACCUGUGGACCACCCAGACUACCCGCUGCUCCAGGAUGCCCUCCGCAUCUCCCAGAACUUCCUGUCCAGCAUCAAUGAGGACAUCGACCCCCGCCGGACUGCCGUCACAACCCCCAAGGGAGAGACACGGCAGCUGGUGAAGGACGGCUUCCUGGUGGAAGUGUCAGAGAGCUCCCGGAAGCUGCGGCACGUCUUCCUCUUUACAGAUGUCCUACUGUGCGCCAAGCUCAAGAAGACAUCCGCAGGGAAGCACCAGCAGUAUGACUGCAAGUGGUACAUCCCCCUGGCUGACCUCGUGUUUCCAUCACCUGAGGAGUCUGAGGCCAGCCCCCAGGUGCAUCCCUUCCCAGACCAUGAGCUGGAAGACAUGAAAAUGAAGAUUUCUGCCCUCAAGAGUGAAAUCCAGAAGGAGAAAGCCAACAAAGGACAGAGCCGGGCCAUCGAGCGCCUGAAAAAGAAGAUGUUUGAGAACGAGUUCUUGCUGCUGCUCAACUCCCCCACGAUCCCAUUUCGGAUCCACAAUCGGAAUGGAAAGAGCUACCUGUUCCUACUGUCCUCGGACUAUGAGAGGUCAGAGUGGAGAGAAGCAAUUCAGAAGCUACAGAAGAAGGAUCUCCAGGCCUUUGUCCUGAGCUCAGUGGAGCUCCAGGUGCUCACGGGAUCCUGUUUCAAACUUAGGACUGUACACAACAUUCCUGUCACCAGCAAUAAAGACGACGAUGAGUCUCCAGGACUCUAUGGCUUCCUCCAUGUCAUCGUCCACUCUGCCAAGGGGUUUAAGCAGUCAGCCAACCUGUACUGCACCCUGGAGGUGGAUUCCUUUGGCUAUUUUGUCAGCAAAGCCAAAACCAGGGUGUUCCGGGACACGACAGAGCCCAAAUGGGAUGAGGAGUUUGAGAUUGAGCUGGAGGGCUCCCAGUCCCUGAGGAUCCUGUGCUACGAAAAGUGCUAUGACAAGACCAAGGUCAACAAGGACAACAACGAGAUCGUGGACAAGAUCAUGGGCAAAGGACAGAUCCAGUUGGAUCCACAAACUGUAGAAACCAAGAACUGGCACACGGAUGUGAUUGAGAUGAACGGGAUCAAAGUGGAAUUCUCCAUGAAGUUCACCAGUCGAGAUAUGAGCCUAAAGAGGACCCCGUCCAAAAAGCAGACUGGAGUCUUCGGCGUGAAGAUCAGCGUGGUGACUAAGCGGGAGCGCUCCAAGGUGCCCUACAUCGUGCGGCAGUGUGUGGAGGAGGUGGAGAAGAGGGGCAUCGAGGAGGUCGGCAUCUACCGGAUAUCAGGGGUGGCCACUGACAUCCAGGCGCUGAAGACCGUCUUUGAUGCCAAUAACAAGGACAUCCUACUGAUGCUGAGCGACAUGGACAUCAAUGCCAUCGCCGGCACCCUCAAGCUCUACUUCCGGGAGCUGCCUGAGCCCCUCCUCACAGACCGACUUUACCCAGCCUUCAUGGAGGGCAUCGCCCUGUCAGACCCUGCUGCCAAGGAAAACUGCAUGAUGCACCUGCUCCGCACCCUGCCCGACCCCAACCUCAUCACCUUCCUCUUCUUGCUGGAACACUUGAAAAGGGUUGCUGAGAAGGAACCCAUCAACAAAAUGUCCCUUCACAACCUGGCUACUGUGUUUGGCCCCACGUUACUGAGACCCUCAGAAGUGGAGAGCAAAGCACACCUCACGUCGGCUGCAGACAUCUGGUCCCAUGAUGUCAUGGCACAGGUCCAGGUCCUCCUCUACUACCUGCAGCACCCCCCCAUUUCCUUCGCAGAACUGAAGCGGAACACACUGUACUUCUCUACCGAUGUGUAG